UCAAAUGGGCAGGACCAGAGCUUGGGUUGGUUGGGUUUCUCGGUUCUGAGCUUUCUCCCUCUAAUAAUUAUGAAGGGUAUAAUUGUAUAAAUGACUAUGAUUUUAGAACCAACUGAGACGAGAAGUUGAUGUUCCAAUUGUUUGUGGGCUUCUUUUUCUUCUCUUUGUAUUUUAGGAAAGAAUCAAAUAAAUGGGGAAAUGAGUUUGUAAUUUGUAGUUUUGUACUUUGUUUAUGGAUCAGGAGGGUUUUUGAACGGACAGAUGGCCCAGAAAGCCAAACUUGAUACCAACAUUCCACCGCACGCCACCCUCCCGUCCAUCCAUGUUCCUGAGAGUGGUCAGUUGGAUGUCCUCUCUUACUUGUUUUGGCACUUUCUUCCCUCUUAAUCCUUCUAACACUAGCAUUUUCAUAUAAAACCCCCGAAACUAGACAAGGAGCUACAAGAUCCAUUCUGAUCCCUCAUUUAUACCUCGACUUCUCUCUCUCCCUCCCCCCAAUCUCUCUCUCUCUCUCUCUCCUUCCUUGUUUUGAUGGAUGAUAACUUGGAGUACACUUGUAUCUCAGUUAUCAUAGGCAUCUGGGUCACUUUGUCAUAAGUGUCUGACUCUUUUUCAUUGUGGAUUUUUAACUUUGGCAUCUCCCGGGUUCCAAGUUCUGAAAUUUUCCAAGUACCGCACUUGGAGUGCUGAACAGUGAACACCCUCUUCACUUAGGAACAGAGCGAACCGUUUCCGUUUGUUUGGGUUCCCUAGUUUUGAGGGAAUAAGAACUCAGGAGGGAUAACGCCAUCUGUUUGAAUUUUGGGUUCGAGAGUAUAGAGAGGAUGGUGGCCGGAAAUGGCUUGUUGUACCCUCUUCUUGGUUUUGCAUCCUGUGUUGUUUUCAUUUACAUAUCUUUGGGGGACUUGACUCUGUAUCAUUUUGAAGAACCCAAGAUGGCUUUUGUGGAGAGGAAUGGGACUCGAUUCAUGGUGGACGGGAGGGCGUUCUAUGUGAACGGUUGGAACUCUUACUGGUUGAUGGAUCAGGCUGUGGAGGCCUUCAGCAGGCCUAGAGUCAAGGCAAUGCUUCAAGCUGGUGCAAAAAUGGGCCUGACUGUUUGUCGAACUUGGGCUUUUAACGAUGGAGCGUACAAUGCGCUCCAGACCUCCCCUGGACGAUUUAAUGAGCGCGUCUUCAAGGCAUUGGAUGGUGUCAUUGCAGAGGCCAGACAGCAUGGGAUCAGGUUGAUUCUUAGCUUGGUCAAUAAUUUGCAAGCAUAUGGUGGGAAGACUCAGUAUGUCAAAUGGGCGUGGGAAGAGGGUGUUGCCUUGAGCUCUUCCAAUGAUUCGUUCUUCUUUGAUCCAUCCAUUCGAAGUUAUUUCAAGAAUUAUGUCAAGACUAUAUUGACAAGGAGGAACAGUCUCACUGGAAUUGAAUACAGGGACGAUCCUACUAUCUUUGCAUGGGAGUUGAUAAAUGAACCCCGUUGUAUGUCUGAUCCUUCUGGUGACACCCUUCAAGAUUGGAUUGAAGAGAUGAGUCGUUUUGUGAAAUCAAUUGAUAAGAACCAUUUGCUGACCGUGGGGCUUGAGGGGUUCUAUGGUCCUAGCAGGAACCCAGAGAAACUGAGUGUGAACCCAGAAGCAUGGGCAACUCUCCUAGGAUCUGAUUUUAUCCAAAAUUCAGAGAUUUCAACCAUUGAUUUUGCCUCUAUACAUGUUUAUCCUGAUAACUGGUUUAAGGAGAAAGAACUGGAAGACAAACUGAAAUUUGUCUCAAAAUGGGUAAUUUCUCACAUAGAAGAUGGUGACAAAGUGUUGAAGAAGCCUGUCAUGGUUACUGAAUUUGGGUUGUCAAAUAAGAACAAGGACUUUGAGCCAUCUCAUCGAGAUAAAUUUUACAAAACUAUUUAUGACAUCAUUUACGAGUCAGCAAGGAAGAAUGGAGCAGGCGCAGGUGCAUUUCCCUGGCAGUUCCUAGUUGAAGGAAUGGAGGAGUACAAUGAUGAUUUUGGGAUUGUGCCAUGGGAGAGGUCUUCCACUUACAGAAUGAUAUUGGACCAAUCAUGUAGACUGGCUGGAAUUGGAGGGCAGGAUCAAUCAAAGGGAAUAUUGAAAGAAAUAUGUUAAAGUUUGAUAAUAAAAUACUGAAUUGGUAGCCUUUCCUUAAUCCAAAAUUCAGCCUUCUUUCCACAGAAAGGGGGCCUCUUUUCAGAAUCUGAGAAUGUAAUUUUUUCCCUUCUUUUACGAGGCGUAAGAUCAGGGUUUUUAUCAGUACAGAACACACCUACUUUACAAGUGAAAAGAAACAGAAAAGAGUGAGAUGCUUUCUAUGCAGGGUUUCUUGAA